AUGGGUAAAACUGUGGUAGCCCAUUAUAUCACGACCCUACUUAAAAAUAUAUGUCAAAUAAGGCAUGUUAGAGCUUGGUUUCUCCAACAUUUUGGAUGCCUAAAGGUAAAGGUGGGGAUGGCAAAACCAUCUGGUUUGGUCAAACCCUGCCACUUGGUGAAGCCAGUUUCAGCAACUCGUAUCAGUGGGAGAUACCUGACCCAUCAGAAGGGGUUGCCCAGUCUGCCUGUUCCCCCUCUACAACAGACGUUUGAGCGCUACAUCACAGCCCUGGAGCCCAUCGUAGAGGCGGAUGAGCUGAUGCACACAAAGGAAAUAGUGGAUGACUUUCAAAAACCUGGAGGAAUUGGUGAAAGGCUGCAGAAAGGCCUGGAGAGGAGAGCGCAAAAUACAGAGAAUUGGUUGUCAGAAUGGUGGGUGCAGGUCGCUUACCUCGACUAUCGUUUGCCUGUGGUGAUCCAUUCGAGUCCUGGGUUGGUUUUGCCGCAAAUGAACUUCAAUGAUAAGCAGGGACAAAUAAGGUUUGCUGCCAAACUGAUUGCAGGUGUUUUGGAUUUCAAGACGAUGAUUGACAAUGAGACAAUACCGGUAGAGUACCUGGGAGGGAAGCCACUGUGUAUGAAUCAGUACUAUGAAGUCCUAUCGUCCUGCCGAAUCCCUGGUUUGAAAAGAGACGCUGUGGUGAACCAUGCCAAAAGCUCCAAGCCCCCGAAACACAUCACUGUUGUACAUAAUUUUCAGUUCUUUGUGCUGGAUGUGUAUAACAGUGAUGGGACGCCCUUAACAGCUGAGCAGCUCUGUGUUCAGCUAGAACGCAUCUGCAGCUCCUCCCUACAAACCAAUGUUGAGCAGGUGGGUAUUCUCACCACCCAACACCGGGACACUUGGGGCAAGACCUAUGUUAACCUUAUCAAAGAUCGGACCAACAAAGAAUCUGUGUCAGCCAUUCAAAGGAGCAUAUUCACAUUGUGUUUGGACGGGCCGAUGCCUCAAGUGUCAGAGGAUGCUUAUCGCAGUUGUGCGGCAGUCCAAAUGUUGCAUGGAGGUGGAAGCGUGUGGAACAGUGGCAACCGCUGGUUUGACAAGACAUUGCAGUUUAUCGUUGGAGAAGAUGGGACAUGUGGUGCCAACUAUGAGCAUGCUCCAGCAGAGGGCCCACCCAUUGUUGCCCUGAUUGACCAUGUUGUGGAAUACACGCGUAAGGCCGAAUUGGUUCAGUCUCCAACGGUUUCUUUGCCUACGCCCAAAAAACUGCACUUCAACAUCACACCUGAGAUCAAGAAGGACAUUGAAGAGGCCAAAAAGAGCAUGAAUGUACUAGCCAAUGACCUGGAUAUGAGAGUUAUUGUUUUCAACCAAUUUGGAAAAAAUGUUGCAAAAGCCCACAAGAUGAGCCCUGAUGCGUUUAUACAGGUGGCAUUACAACUGGCUUACUACAGAAUGUAUAAUCAUUGUUGUGCGACAUAUGAAAGUGCCUCACUUCGUAUGUAUAGACUUGGUCGCACUGAUACAAUCCGAUCAGCCUCGAAUGCCUCUGCUGCAUUUGUAAAGUCCUUCGAUGACCCAAACAAGCAGAACACAGAGAAAGUGGACCUCAUGGAAAAAGCUGUAAAAGCACACAGAUCAUAUACAAACAUGGCAAUCAGCGGGCAAGCUAUUGAUCGACAUCUACUGGGUCUGAAGAUGCAGGCUGCUAAGGAAAAGAUCUCAGUUCCUGAUGUUUUCAAAGAUCCGUCCUAUGCCAAAGCUUUACACUACCGUUUGUCUACAAGUCAGGUGCCAUCCAAGACUGACUGCGUCAUGUGUUUUGGCCCUGUCGUACCUAAUGGCUAUGGUGUCUGCUACAAUCCUAUGGAUGACCACAUCAACUUUGCAAUUUCCUCUUUCAAUGGGUGUAAAGAAACGAAUGCAGCUGAUUUGGCACGAGCUGUGGAGAAUGCACUUCUUGACAUGAGGACAUUACUGGAACAAACUCCAAGGGCCAAACUGUGA